AUGGAACACCAGCACGAGCACCCCGAAACCCUCCCACCCUCCUCCACCACCCCCACCUGCUGCAAAUGCGGCGGCCCCACCGCCAUGGCCGCCCCUCCUCCGUCGUGCUCCCCUCCCCCAGUCUACCGCCCCAUCCGAGCCCCCGCCAUCAACCUCCCCCCUAACAACAACUCCCAACAAGCCAUCAUCCUCGCCCCGGUCCCACAAGCCAAGCCGGUCCCACCCAUCUCUCCCCCCUUCCACUUCCAGCCCCCCUCCAAACAAAUCCAAUCCCCCGACGACCUCCGCCGCUUCCACGACUCCGAUUCCGGCAAGCACUUCCUCGGCUUCGUCGUCGCCCUCUCCGAAUCCAUCCGCUCCAAAAGGAUCUCCGAUCCCUGCCACGUGUCCCCCGUCACCGCCUCCAUCGUCUCCAUCCUCGAAACCCUAAUCCAAUGGGUCGACCAAAUCCCGCCGACUCAGCAAGCCGCCCGAUACGGCAACGUUUCGUACCGCGUCUGGCACGACCGCCUGGUCGAAAAUAGCCCUGACCUAAUGCUCAAAUUCCUCCCACCCCAUCUCGAACCUUCCACCGUCGAGAUCGUCCCCUAUUUCUCCGACUCCUUCGGAAACCCUAGCCGGAUCGACUACGGCACCGGCCACGAGACCAAUUUCGCGGCGUGGCUCUACUGCCUGGCCAGAAUGGAUCUCAUUAAACAAGAGGACUACCCUGCCGUGGUGGCCAGAGUGUUCGUCAAGUACCUGGAGCUCAUGAGGAAGCUUCAGCUGGUCUAUUGCUUAGAGCCGGCCGGGUCUCACGGCGUCUGGGGCCUCGACGACUAUCAUUUCCUGCCGUUUAUUUUCGGCUCAUCGCAGUUGAUUGAUCACAAGUACAUGAAGCCUAAGUCCAUUCAUAAUGAUGAUAUAUUGGAGAACUUUUCAAAGGAGUAUAUGUAUCUUUCAGCGGUGGCUUUCGUGAAGAAGGUGAAGAAGGGGCCGUUUUCGGAGCACUCGCCGCUGUUGGAUGAUAUCAGUGGAGUUCCGAAUUGGAAUAAAGUUAAUAGUGGGAUGCUCAAGAUGUAUAAGGUUGAGGUGUUGGAGAAGGUGCCUAUUAUGCAGCAUUUCCUAUUCGGCUGGCUUAUCAAAUGGGAGUAAAUCGUAACAUGAGAUUUAUUGGGCAUCUUUCGUGGAAGAGACUUCAGAUUUCUGUCAGGUUAUAAGUUAGUAGAAGUUUAGAGAGGUACUAGAUCGAAAAUAUACUUCUGCUCUUCUGUAAAUACUGCUCUGGUUACUGAUUAUGUGGUCUUGCCGUUAUGUGAGUGCAUUUUAUUUUGAUAUAAAAACUUCGCUCUGAAUGGAAGCGUGAUGUGUUUCUGAAAUGGCAAACGGAAAUUGAUCCCAAAAAGAGGAGUAUAUGCCCAUGAUAAGAGAUAACUGUUUGUGUUGAGCUCGGAUUCAUUUCCUCCUCAGCGAGUAUGAAGUCUUGGUGAUCAGUUUAGAAGUUGGUUUUAGAAUGUCCUUUUUUCAGCCCAUGUAUUGGUUUUGUUCCCAUACUCACUGUUAGUAAGUCGUCGAUAUAAUUUAGGAGCUGUUCAAAGUUAUAGACAAGAAUUUCAAUAUGAAACUUUCUCGGUUUUCAACUUUGAAAUGUUUGGAUAAUUCUGACU